AUGCGGCACGCUUUUGUCAGGGUCGUCUUAACGGCGUUUGCUCUGGUCGGAUACGUGGUUUCGUCUCCUGUAGCCAACCAAGAGAAUUCCAAUUCAAUGAAGAACGCCAAAAGAGCACAGGAGGUUAAAGACGCCUUUGAAUUUGCUUGGAGUGGCUACAUGGAAUAUGCGUUUCCUCAGGAUGAACUGCGCCCAGUCUCUAACACUGCAAGCAACUCACGAAAUGGCUGGGGUGCUUCAGCGGUCGAUGCUCUUUCAACCGCGAUUAUAAUGGAUAGCCCUGAAAUUGUCAAGUCAAUUCUGGAGCAUAUUUCGAAACUUGACUAUUCGAAAACGGACACGGAAGUUAGCCUUUUCGAGACCACAAUACGUUAUUUGGGAGGAAUGCUUUCGGGCUACGAUUUGCUGAGAGAGAAUGACAUGGGCCAAAAUCCGGACCUUAUCAACUCGCUCCUCGUGCAAUCUAAAACAUUAGCUGAUAUCAUGAAAUACGCUUUUGACACUCCAACCGGUAUCCCAUCGAAUAAUUUGCACAUUAGUAAGAAGUCGAUGGAUGGCAUGACUUCAAAUUCAAUCGCGCAAGCUGGAACUCUGGUCCUAGAAUGGAUGCAUUUGUCCGAUCUUACUGGUGACCCGGAGUAUGGCAAACUUGCCGCAAAAGGCGAAUCAUAUCUUCUUGCCCCAAAACCACAGGAAAGCGAACCCUUUCCGGGGCUUAUUGGAUCAAAUAUUAAUAUAACCACUGGACAUUUCGUGAAUGCGGAUGUCAGCUGGGGUGGAGGUGCCGACUCCUUCUACGAAUACUUAAUCAAAAUGUUUAUAUAUGAUGAGAGUCGUUUUGAAGUUUGCCGAGACAGAUGGGUUCUUGCGAUUGAAUCGUCAAUUAAACAUUUGAAAUCUACGAUAUCUUCGAACAAAAACGAAUAUACUUAUCUGGCUCAAUUUGAAAACGACAAACUUGACUUCAAUUCCCAGCAUCUAAGUUGCUUCAAUGGCGGAAAUUUCCUUCUGGGUGGACAAGUUCUUUGCCGGCAAGAUUUUAUCGACUUUGGUUUAGAACUUGUCAAGGGUUGUUAUCACUUGUAUCAUUCAACCGCUACGGGAAUUGGUCCAGAGGGAUUCAGUUGGGAUCCAACGAACGUGCCAAAAGACCAAAGGAAAUUUUUCGAAAAGAAUGGGUUCUACAUCACCAGCAGCCAAUAUAAUCUGAGACCUGAGGUCAUUGAAAGUUAUUAUUAUGCAUACAGGGUGACUGGGGACCGCAUGGAAUGGGUAUGGGAAGCCUUCGAUGCCAUUCACAAGAGUUGUCGUACGGGCUCCGGCUUCAGCUCGAUUAGUAACGUAAAUGAUCCGACUGGUGGCAGGAAGCUGGAUUUCCAAGAGAGCUUCCUUUUCGCUGAGGUGUUGAAAUAUGCUUACUUGACGUUUGCUCCGGAAGAAGAUUGGCAAAUAGUUGGGGAAGGGAAGAACAAAUGGGUCUACACCACCGAAGCCCACCCCUUGAAAGUCCUGACGAAAGGGGGAGAAAACUGCCUUUACUGA